AUGAUACACAUAAUUCUUGUUCUCCCACAUCCGUCUAACCGGAGAAAGCUCUUGCAAACAAUUCCUGACGACUAUUGUAAAUGGUAUUGUAAUGCCACCUGCAUCGACACAAUUAGUCAAAAGACUUGCGACAACGAAGAUAUUAAUUUUAUUCUUACCAACGCAUAUCAAUUGAUUCUGAAUGACGGAUAUUUAGAAGUUAAGUGGAGCAGUGCCGAUCCAAAUAUCACUGACCUCACCCCAAUCAACAAAGAAAGCAAUGUGAAGUUAAAAGAAUUAAUAGUGUCAGAUUCUAAUCCUGGAAUACGUGGAGUGGAUUACCUCCGACAGCUUGGUGUUGAGAAAGUAUCUCGCUUCGAAAAGCAACUGAGCUCCUUUAAAGCAUUAGAAAGAAAUGUUCAUUACCGGCACGGACCGAAAUCCCUAAUAAUAAAAGUAAGCAAUUUGGCACGAAUGGAUGAAAUAAUCGACUACAUGAAGCCGACAAUGGAUAAUAUAAAUGAGAUUGCAAUUAACGCAAACGACGAAACUGAAAAUCAAGAUCUAAUAAUUGAAGAUGGGUUUUUUAAAGGAAUGUCAAGAGUAACUUCACUAACACUAACAGGAUUUAAAUUGGUUAACUUUUCCACUAAGACUUUUGCCCUGUUGGUUAAUUUACAAAAGCUAGUGCUCUCCAACUGUACAAUCAAUAAUUUCAUGUUUUUAAGCACCCUUCAGAAUAGACUGGAGCAUUUGGUACUUGAUUUAAACGACGAGGUGGAUAUAAAAUAUUUCUUACACUUUCCCAGGCUUAAAUUGAUCAAAGUCAGAAAGUAUGUACCACAUGAAAACUUCACCGGCUUAAUAUGCACACAAGAUACUUGCAAUUUUACUCGUGGUAUUAAUGGCCUUAAAUGCCCCGAAAUUUGCGAUUGCAAGUAUUAUUACAAUGAUUUGGAACUGUCUAUAAACUGCAGCAAUAGAUUUCUCUUUGAAAUUCCUCCCCUACCUAUUCCCAUUAUCGGAGGAGUGAAAUUAUUGUUCUCCAAUAAUUCCCUACGUCAAUUACCAAACAUAUCUUUAGAUGGAUAUAAUAUGGUAGAAAAACUUGAUGUUUCCUGGAACAUGUUGUCCAGCUUGAGUAUUCAUAAUCUCCCAAAAAAAUUAGACUACCUUGACAUUAGCUUUAACGACAUAAAUGAAAUGAACAGAGAAAUAAUUAAUUUUAUACAGAAUGUAGCCAUAUUCAAACAGACAGGCAAUUAUUGGACUGUCCACUGUAAUGACGAGCUCUUAUUGCAAUUGAUUAAACAUCUGAAAUCUAUCAUACGGAUGCCAGAGCGUGAGCUUCGACCUAUAUUUAUAAAGUUGUCGCCCGACUCACCUGAAGGGUUUAUUAAGUAUUUAGGGCAGCACUUUCUUAGGCUUGGUGAAAUAAAGCAAAAGUACUUCCUAAUCCAUGAAGAUCAGUUGGUGCCAAGUAUGACUCAAAAAAUUGACGACAUGAAAAAAAUUAUGAGCAUCUAUAAGUAUAUGGAAUGGUUGCACAUGAAAUUACCAUUUGUUAACAAGGAACAUGAUCCCUUUUAUCAUCAUCAUAUGACAGCAGCCUGUCCCUAUAAAUGUGAUUGCUGUUACAACCGCACUACCAAAAGUAAUAAAAUCGACUGCAGAAACAGAUUUCUCUACUACUUUCCAAGUAUGGUCCCUUCAAAUCAUUCACUGAUACAAAAUCAGAACAAAUCAACCCCGUUAGAACUGCACUUAUCAAGUAAUAAUAUUUCCAAAGUAACCAUCGAUGAGCUCCCAAAGAAUCUUAGAUAUUUGGACCUACGCAACAAUAGUUUGGAGGCCCUUGAUAAUGAUGUGAUUGAUUAUCUAAAACGGUACAAAAAACGAAUGGAAAUUAAGUUGUCAGGGAAUCCAUGGAAUUGCGACUGUAAAUCAAGAUCAAUCCUCUCUUUUCUGAGGGAUCACGAACCGCUUGAAUACAAGCUUACUCUGAACCGUUGCAAUAUAUCUCGAGCGGAUUGUCCCAAUGAGUGCGUUUGUUGCUGGGAUAACUCGACCUGGUCGUCCUUUAUAGUUGAUUGCAGAGGAGAAGGACUCCUAAACAUCCCCGUUCUGAGCCACAAAGUAACCUAUGUAGACUUGCGGAACAACAAUAUAACGGAACUGACCCCAAAAAACUUCAAUUUCCUCGGGAAAAGGUCGCCAGCCUCUCCGCUACAGCUUUUCUUGCGUGACAAUCCUUUGUCUUGUUCUUGCCAGGAUUUGGAAAACAUAAACUUCAUGAAAAGUAUAUCCUCGAACAUUAUCGAUUUUACAGAGAUAAACUGCAGCAGUGGGGAGAAACUGGUUUCUGUAGAGCAGGAUAUUAUAUGCCCUUCUGCUUUCGCCUACUAUGUGGCUCUUGCGAUUUCCCUAGCAGCCGUUGUCAUUGCCAUUAACUUUAUGAUAUGCUUCAGACAGCCACUACUGAUGUGGUUCUACGAACACGAUGUGUGUCUGAGUCUGGCCGCCAGAAGAGAACUCGAUGAGACCAAGAAGUUCGAUGCCUUCCUGGCCUUCACCCACAAGGACGAGGCACUGGUGGAGGAGUUCGUGGACAAGUUGGAACGGGGCAGGCCCAGGUUCCGACUCUGUUUCUACCUGCGGGACUGGCUGGCGGGCGAAUCCAUUCCCGAUUGCAUCGGCAAGUCCGUCAGGGACUCGCGGCGGAUCAUCAUCCUGAUGACCGACAACUUCAUGCGGUCCACCUGGGGCCGACUGGAGUUCCGGCUCGCCCUUCAUGCCACCUCAAAGGAUCGCUGCAAGCGCCUGAUCGUCGUCCUUUAUCCUGAUGUUCAGAACUUCGAUAGCCUGGACAGCGAGCUGAGGGCCUACAUGGUGUUUAACACCUACCUGGAGAGGAGUCACCCGAACUUCUGGAACAAGCUGAUCUACUCGAUGCCUCAUACAAAGAUUUGA